GCAACCUAGUAAUAAUUAACUGCUGCCAGGCCUCGCCAACUGCGCUGGGAGCAGCACCGUGGGGCCAGCCUUGCGCCCUCCGCCCGGCGCGCUUCAGCCGGGAGCAGGUGAGUGAGCAGGUGAGUGACAAGGACGCCGGGACACCCGCAGGCAGCUCCGCCUCCCCACUGCAGCCAGAGACUCUCACCACCUCCGGGUCCGCGCAGCUAGAUCACAAGAGCCUCCUCUGCCCGGCGUGACAACAACAGGGCAUCCUCAGAUCAUCUUGGAAAGGGAGGAAGGAUAACAAUGAUGGAUCACCAGUACCCUUCUUGGAUCUUUGUCAAUGAGAGGACAUUCAUAACCAGGGAACAACUUAAUUCUUUACUGGAGGCUUAUAAUGUUUUCUAUGAAAACCAGAAAAAUCUACAUAUUUUGUAUGGACAGACUGAAGAUGGACAACUGAUUGUUGAAGGGAUGCUGGACAUUUUCUGGGGAGUAAAACGACCCAUACAGCUAAAAAUACAGGAUGAGAAGCAAAUCUCUUCUUUUGAUCUGUUGAAGUCAACAGAAACAUUUUCCAGCAAAAGGGGCAUGACUCGCUGGGGAGAGUUUGAUGACCUUUAUCGUAUCAGUGAGCUGGACAGGAGACAAGUUUUACUGUCUGAAGGAAGGCAGGCUUCGGAAGACUAUUUAUCUUAUCACAGCACUCUGAAGCCAUAUGCAGAUGAAGAGCCAGCAUCCCCACUGCUCUAUAGGACCAUGAGUGAGGCAGCUUUGGUGAGAAAAAGGAUGAAGACUCCAGUGAUGUACAGAAAAGACAGGCAGGACCAUAGAGCCUCUAUCAACGGACACUUCUAUAACCAUGAGACAUCUGUUUUCACUCCAACCUUUGGAUCAGAAACUAAGGUCAGAACAAAUAGCAACAUGAGAACUGAAGAAGUAAUAAAGCAACUUCUCCAAAAAUUUAAGAUUGAGAAUAGCCCACAGGAUUUUGCUCUCUACAUUAUUUUUGGAACAGGAGAGCAGAGGAAGCUAAAGAAGACUGAUGUCCCGCUGCUGCAGAGACUUCUACAAGGACCAUCCAACAGCAAUGCUCGGAUCUUCCUCAUGGAUAAAGAUACAGAAGAGAUUAGCAGUGAUGUGGCGCAGUACAUUAAUUUUCAGUUUUCCUUCUUGGAAUCCAUUCUUCAAAGAUUAGAUGAAGAAGAGAAAAGAGAGACUGAAAGAAUAAUGGCGAAAUUCAAUACCGAAAGGGCCUUUAUCCUGAAGUGUCUUCAGAGUAAACAGGCAGCAAAAACAGAGACCACAGUCUAGAGGCACCGCACCUACGCUAGCCUGCGCACCUCAGCAGAGCUGGGGAGGGCACAUCCGGGUGACAGUCUGCCUCUGCGCUCUGAUACGCAUGACCUUGAAGCUGUGGAAUGCCAAAGAGCCUGCUUCCUCUUUGAAAUGAUGAGGUUGGCUAUAGCUCAGAGUUGGAUGAAGGCAAGAGUGGACUUCAGUAGCUGAAGGAAGCCUGGAUACUGUGUAUUCCAAAUGUCAUUUGUAGCAAAUUCUUUAGUGAACUCAAAGUGGCCUCUGCUAAUAUCAUGUGGUUUAAACUUGUUUUAUCUUGCACUCUUAAAAGAACUGAGACAUUUGCUGACUCAUAAAUGUUUGGAAAUCAACACUUCCAGUUCUUGAUGUCAAGGAGACACACAUUCUCAAGCCAUCAAGGACCUGAAUUGGCUGUGAACAAUGGUGCAUCUGUAUAAAACCUAGAAGUUUCUUUACAAGGGUUGAUGAUAUUUAACCCUGCAGUAUCAGCGCUCUCUGUCCUUUGGGAAUAAGAUGAUUUUGGACUCUAAAGAAACUGAGACUCAGGGCUGCAGAAAUGGCUAAGCCGAUAGGGGCACUGACUACUCUUUCAGAAGACCUCGGCUCGAUUCCCCAGCACCCAUGCGGUGGCUCACAGCCAUCUACAAGCCCAGUCCUAGAGGAUCUGACACCCACCUCUGUGGGCACUGCACACACAUGUCCAAAUAUCCAUACACGUAGAAAUAAAAAAAAUUAAAAAAUGGAAAACUAAACUCUGAUUUUCUCAACCUGGACCCUUCAUUUGUGUGGUAACACCCCCUACCCCCCCACACACACUUCUACUGAUAACUUCCAAGCUGAUUUUAAGUGUUUUAAAAGUUGGUCGUAUUCAUUUUCUUUAUCUUUGCAAACAAAUGUAUCACAGACUACAUAGAACAAGAUUUGACCACAAAUACUGAGUUGUUGCUGGUGAUUGCUGUACCUGAGCCAGGAGAGGCCUCACAGAACUCUUGCUGCUGUGUAAGACACGUUCGAGGUACUCACAGAUCUGCUAAUCCCACUUGGAAAAAAAAUAUGAUGGGUUUUAUUUGUGAACUCUUUAUUAGCGUGAGUUUUAAUCAAUAUUUUCCUAUCCCCAAACUACUUCCAUUUGAACUCUUUAUCUGAAACUGUUCAAUCAUGUUACCUGUACUAAGGUAAGGUUGUAUCAUCAGCUUUAAAUUGUGCAACAGUUGUAAUGAUAAGCUAUCCAUUCUCCAUCCCCAGAACCUGAACAGGGUGACAGUGUAGUGGUAUGUCUGUCCCAGGAAGUCUCCCUCACCGGUUGAAACAAAGUCUUGUAUUUCUAAAGCUUUGCCUAUCAAUCAAGAAAGGCACAAUUUCAUCUCACUAAAAAUGGACCAAAAGAGCAAAGUAUGUUGAAAACCCAUCCAGGUAUGGUGGUAUAUCCUUCUAAUCUCACCACUCAGCAGCCAGGGAAAGAAGAUUACUACAAAUCCAGGCCAGCUUGGACUAUGUAGUAAAUUCCAGGCCAACCUGUGCCCCAGAAUAAAGCCCCCUCUCAAAACUCGUGUGUGUGUGUGUGUGUGUGUGUGUGUGUGUGUGUGUGUGUGUGUGUGUGUGUGUGUGGUGUCUACGAAGUGCAUACAAAACUCAGCAAGACUUACACAGAAAAAGAAAGAUGCUAUGAAAACUCACAGAAGAGAAAUUGCAUACAACUACUAAGUGUAUGCAAAGUAUCGCGUCUUCGUUCAUCAAUUCAGGUCAGUAGAGAGAAACUGGUAAUAUAGGCAAAGUUUAGCCUGAAGAAUUAUUAAGUUAUGAUAGGACAGCAACAUUAAAAACAGGAUGAGACCUCUAAUGGGUACCUGGCACAUGAGCGUUUGUGGAGGUGAAGAGAAAAUGUAGACACAGUGACUUUGACUAAGGAUCCAGUCUGCACUUGUCUGAGUCAAAAGCUGGGGAAGAAGGUCAGGUGAACAAACAGGGAGAGAAAGCUGCACGACUCUGGCAGCUAGCUUUGGAGAAACCCCUGGAGGCAGAGUGUUGAAGAGCCAGGAGGCAGCGAAGACGGCAAUGCUUUUCUAGCGCCCUCUGCUGGUAAUAGGUGAUAUUGUACAAGCUGGGAAGGAAGCCUUACAGGGGCCUACCCUCCUCACACACAGGGCUAUCACGGGGCUGUGAAAAUAAAAACUGGCAUGUCAGCAAAACUGGCACAUUAGCAAAGACUAAACUGCUUGACAUGUAGUGGAGAUGUGUGCUUCAGCAAAUGGAUUUUGUUUUUCUUUGAACACAAGUUAGUUGUAAAAUUUAACCUUAUAAUUCUACUUGUAAAAUACGAUGUGGACAUCAGAAACAAAAAGCUUUUUUUCAAAAUUGUUUAUUACCCUGAUGUUUAUACUGACCAAAGGUAGUAAAAAGUCUAAAUGUAUAAAAACAGGAAAAAAUUAUGUAAAAGGAAAGAAAUAUUUGCUCAGACUGCUAUAGUCGUUAAAAUUAUAUUUUAAUAAUAGAGCUAAAGUCUCCUUAUUAAUAUAAAAAUAUAUUGUAAAAAUACCCAUCCAUUAGAUUUGUGGAUGAGUAUUUACUUGUGUGUCUACAUACUAAUAUUGUAUAUCCACUCACAAACCAAAAACAAGUCAUGUGUAUCCCUAAUUUUUAUAUUUAUUAAAUAUUAUACAGUGAUGUAUUAAUUUUUCAAUCAAAAAAGAGAAAAAUGUGUCACAUGAAAGUUAUCCACAAAGAGUGGAUAGAUUCCACUAGAUUCCUGCUUACAUCCAUGCAGGAAUAGAUUCCUACUAGAUGUAAAAUAUUUUGUAAUUACUAAAAUAAGGCAUUGACUUUACCUUUGUGUGGUUUAAAACAUCUUUCCUGUCUGUCCUCCUUAAUCUUUCUGCAAGUCAGCUGGACAAAUGGCUGCCUUUUAUUUUUAAUGGAAAAGCAAGUAUAGCCAUAUGGCACCUGGCGUGAUGUUGUAGGCUAGGAUGUGAAAUGAUUGAACUGGAAAAGUCAAUCACAUCUCAUGCUUAUUAUCAUGCCUCCAAGACAACAACUUUUAAACAUCCACUCUUUCGGCAUCUGGAAAUUCCGAGGAACAUAGCAAAGCAGAGGGGAGAGCGUGUGACUCCUGAGAUUUGAUCACCGAGUUGCUGAGGCUUCUUCAAAGUUACUCUGGGGCACUUCCUUAUGUCUAUGAUGGUCUGGGCGGCCAUGGGAAAAGCCUGUUAGAUCCAGCACUGAGCCUUUCUACCGGGAGCCUCUCCUCCCAAUAGCGGCUAUUCCUUGCUCCACGCCCGUCUCGGAAGUGAAUUCCUAGGCCUCAGACAAGUCUUCAAAAGCCAGUACUCAACCUAAUAGCUUGAAUGCAACUUCUGAGAGACCCUGAGCCAGAAAACCCAUUAGAAUCUGUCCUGGAUUCCUGGUCCUCAGAAACUUUGUGAAGUAAAUGUUCGCUGUGUUGUGUGGCUAAAUGCUAAGACUGUUACAUAACCCUAUAUUACUAACGUACAGUUUCUAAGGCCAAAUCUAUUUCAGCUAUUUUUGCAUAAUGCCUGACCAUAAACUUUGUCAAAGGAGUUUUUCCUUGCUUGGGGUGAUCCAGAUAUUUCGUUGUCAGUUACAUAUUAAUUAAAAUAAAAUCCUGGAUAUCCCA